AUGGAACAGAGGCGGAGGGAGACCAGAGAGGGAGAACUCCGGGGUUCUAGCAAGCGGGAAAUGGUCGGCGUUCUCGGGCAAGUAUCCGUAUUCUGGAGUCUGGAGACAAAGGCGAGAGGAGCAGUGGGUCGCCGCCUUGCCAGGAAGGGGACGCCGGAGAGGUGUUCAUCGGUAACGAUGGAACCGUCUCUCACAUUGGAUGACAGGUGCGCCGUUCAAGCUCCCAACGUGAUAGAUCGCAUUGUCUCUCAGUCACUCAAGGAGGUAUACCGUGGUAUUGGGGACUGGGGAGGAGGACGGAUCGUGCCGAAGAAACCAGUGGGUGGAACCAUUGAAGCACGAACCAGAAAACUAGCGGAGUCUGUCAGCAGAGAAGAACAACGCCAAUAG